AGCCUGUGCUCGGUCCUUGAAGAGUCAGCCUAUUGUCUGAAAGUCCUCCCAUCUGUGGGGGUGGCUCUGUAGAAGUUUGCUGAGGAAAAAAGUUUUCAAGCUGUCACUGGUCGUCGGGGGGAGACUGAUGGAGGACAGGAGGACCAGGCAGACAUUAGAGUAGUCAGAGUUAGAUUGCACCCAGAAGCAGUGGGCUCAAAUGAUGAUCAGGGCUGUAUGGGAGACCUUUCUUAGGACUGUGACAGCUGGAGCGCACGGUCCAAGCCAAGCGACGCGCGCAUCUAACUCUGAUGGACUCAAUCUAAAUUAACCGCCCUGGAGGUGUUAGAAAUAAAAUUCAUGUUUCUAACGCACAGGUACACGUCCUGACAAAAUGAUCCGUUCACAGUGGGGGCUCCAUGCUGCGGGACAAAGAGCGUCUCCCAUUCAAGUCCUCGUCGCGCUUCUUUUGGUGCUGGAGAUUUGCAAAACCCUUGGAUCCCCUCACGAUCCAGAGAGAUAUCUGCAUGACCUGCCUCCAUAUGAAGUAGUUCACCCAACUAGAGUUGAUGCCAGAGGCCACUUCCUGUCAAACGUCUUGUCCUACCGCACACGCCGUGUACAACGCCGGGAAACCUCAGAGGACAGUGCGGGUGCCCAUCAAGUCUUCUACCAGUUUCUCCACGGCGGCCACAGCUUGCACUUUAAUCUUACUCUUAAUCCAAACCUGCUGGCUCCGGGCUUUAUGACGGAAAGGAGAUAUGGUGGCCUGGAAGGGGCCAAGAUCCAGCGCCCCGGAGCUCCCGGGUGUUACUAUUUAGGCGAAGUGUGGGACAGGACCACUGUUAAAGGACAUGCCGCAAUAAGUACAUGUGAUGGACUGGUGAGUAUAUAA